AGGCAGGUUUGUAGGCUGAGUUCACGGAACUGUUCUUAGCACACAUCAGGUAAAAACAAGUUGUUGCAAAUAAGCUGUCAGCGCGCUAAUCUCUGUGACGCUUUAGUCGAGUUAAGGACAGCGAGUUUGUAAACACUAUUCUCAGGGGAUCUUUGAGGAUGUUGGGACAAAAAGGUCUGUCAUGCUAUUGCUUGAUGCUGUGUCUGUGGGCUUGUUUGGAUGCAGUGCCAGUUGCUGUAGAUAAGACCAAAGUGAGCCCUCCAGCAGAGCAAUUGGACCCACCUAAAAGUGCAGACACCGGACUGCACUAUGACCGGUAUCUCAGAGAGGUUAUUGACUUCCUGGAGAAAGACCAACAUUUCAGGGAGAAACUUCAUAACACAGACAUGGAAGACAUCAAGCAAGGGAAGCUGGCUAAAGAGUUGGACUUUGUUAGCCAUCACGUGCGAACUAAACUUGAUGAGCUAAAGAGGCAGGAAGUGACCAGACUGCGCACCCUAAUCAAAGCCAAACAAGACAUGAAUAGAGGAAAAGGUAUGACAGUGGACCACCAAGCCCUUCUGAAACAGUUCGAGCAUCUGAAUCACAUGAAUCCACAUACAUUCGAGGUGGAAGAUUUGGAUCGCCUCAUUAAAUCGGCCACUAAUGACCUGGAGAACUAUGACAAAGAACGACACGAAGAUUUCAAGAGGUAUGAGAUGAUGAAGGAGCACGAACGGAGGGAACACCUUAAGAAGCUAGAUGAUGAAGCCCGCAAGAAAGAAGAGGAACACUAUGAAGAGAUGAGGAAAAAACAUGCAGAUCACCCCAAAAUCAAUCACCCUGGCAGUGAAGACCAAUUGAAAAAAGUCUGGGAGGAGACUGAUGGUUUGGAUCCCAAUGAGUUUGACCCAAAGACAUUCUUCAACUUGCAUGACACCAAUGGAGAUGGCUACUUUGAUGAGCAAGAGCUUGAGGCACUGUUUACCAAAGAGCUAGAGAAGAUCUAUGACCCCACACGUGAAGAGGACGACAUGGUGGAAAUGGAGGAGGAGAGACUUCGUAUGAGAGAACAUGUGAUGAAUGAGGUUGACACUAACAAAGACAGGCUUGUUUCAUUAGAUGAAUUUAUGGCUGCCACAAAUAAGCAAGAGUUUCUAGAGCCAGAUGGAUGGGAGACUCUGGAACAGAAUCCAUCCUACACUGAAAAAGAGAUUAGAGAGUUUGAAGAGCAUUUAUUGCGGGAGGAGAACGACCUCAACCAGAAAACUAAUGAUCUGCUGCAACAGAAAGAAGACUUGGAGAGACAGCAGGAACAGCUUAAUGCUCAGAAAAUGGAGCUACAGAGGGCAGCAGAGCACAUGGAGAGGUUGAAAGCACAGAAAACAGAGCCUUUAGUCUUGGACAAAACAAAUGAAUUGGAGAUACUUCCUGUGGAGAUACUACCUGGGGAGAAUCAGCCCAUGUCACAAGGUCACCAGCAAGACCUUCCAACACAUUCUUAGCAAUUCAAGCUCUCCUCAAUGUCUGUAAAUUGUUCCUCAUGUAUUGUCUUUUUAUGUAGUGUCAAAUAUAUCAUCCUCAUAUUUAAAAGGAUGAUUUACUGUCUCUCAGCAAGUGGUUCAGCAUUCCUUGAAAUUAUCAUCUAGAACAUCAUUCUGGUAGUAUUACCAACCGCGAAAGAGAAUUGACUAAUCUUGAGUGAUGCUAUGUCCAACAGGCUGUUUUGUGAGGACAGGGAUUGUACUUGAAACUUUUGUUUAGAGAAAUCAACUUUUUAUUGUUUUUGUAAAUCUUGUGUCUCCUUUGCACAACAUUACAGGCCAACACUGGUACUAUUAACACCCAUUAUUCGUGAUUAGACAGUAUACCUGGGCAACACAAAAUUAAUUUCCUGUUAAAUGCUUUACUGUAAAACACUUCCUAUGAUAAGACAUGCUAAAUUAAAGUAUGCAGAAUUUAAAAAAGGAUUAAUGUUCUUGACAACAUAAUGCAACUUUCAUGGUAUAAAUUGCAAAACAACACAUUUUUUUUUUAUAUAUAUUUUUCCCAUAUAUUUGAUUCAGUUAAAGUAUACCUGAUGUCUUUUCGCUAUAACUUAAGUUUGAAUAAUCUGUCCUAGAUCAAACUGCAAUAUUGUGGUCCAAUUAGGAGGCAUUUAAUGUAGUUUCUAAAACCUUUUAUAAUGUUAGUACUGCAACAACUAACAUUUAAUUAUUUUAAGUUCUUUCUACAAUGUUAACAAAUCCAAUUAAGCAUAACAGGGUGUAUGUGAGACAGUUUUGGCUUGUUUGAUUGUCUUUUCAGAUUUAAUGUGUGAAUGAAUGUUCUUUACAUUUCUUUAAAAUUAUUAAAUUAUCUCUGCUUCACCAAUUGUGUUCUCUGGCU